CCCAUCCAAAACACAUAUCUACCUAUCAUCCUCCUCUUUCCCGUCUACAAACAUCCUCAGUGCCGCCGGCUCCAUUCUGGUCCUUGAAAGUCACGCUUUCUUCCACCUCGGUGGCUCCGCAGCAGCUGAAACUUACCCUUACUCCAAUCGACCCAUCCGGCGACGGACCAUCACUACUGCUUGUGCUGAGCUGUCAUUGUCCUAACAUUUCUUAAUCAGUCUUGGCCGCAUAGAAUUCCUAUCGCGCUACGAAAAAGAAGACAAAAGUGCCAGCCUUACUCGCCACACCUCACCAUCGAGUCUCGUCUCCUGUCCCCAGACGCUCUUCGUCACACCACCUCUAUCGCUCAUCGUAGCCCCCGGGCCAUUGCCGACCUCUGUCCCUUUUUGGCGACGCUAGUCACAUCGCGAGAAGCCAAGGCUUCUCCUUUCCUUCCACCAUGGCAACCAACAAUAUGCAUAAUCUCACGACCCUCAUCAAGCGACUCGAAGCUGCCACAGCUAGACUCGAAGAUAUUGCUACAUCGACCAUCGAGCUCCCUCAAGCCGUCCCAUCCCUCAAUCAGUCUGUCGAAUCGGCGCCUUCCGCCCCCAAUGCCACGACCCCCCCUCCCCCGCCGCCGCAAGCAGCCGCCGCGCCGCAAGCACCCCCUGAGCCGGUCCCUGAGUCCGUCGAGGAGUUUGACCAGUUCAUAGCCACCUCGGUCGACAAAUACGUCUACAUAAGCAAGCAACUGGGUGGCCUCAUUGCCGACCAGGCUGCCAAAGUCUUGCAAGGUUUUCAAGCCCAGCGCAACUUCCUGCUCAUCACCACCAAGGCCAAAAAGCCCGACCUGAACGGCGCCGAGAUGGCCGUAUACCAGGACCUCCUCAAACCCAUCAACGAAGCUCUUGUCGCUGUCAGCAACAUCAAGGAGUCCAACCGAGGAUCGGCUGUCUUUAGUCAGCUAAGCGCCGUUGCAGAGGGCAUCAUGGUUCUCGCCUGGGUCACUGUCGAUAACCGUCCCUUCAAGCAUGUCGAGGAUUCACUAGGCUCGGCCCAGUUCUUCGGCAAUAGAGUGCUGAAGGAACAGAAGGAUAAGGACGCGCAACAGACUGAAUGGGUCCAGGCCUUUUACCAAGUAUUCCGCGAUCUCACCGACUACGUGAAGCAACACUUCCCCAACGGCAUCCCCUGGAACCCCAAGGGUCAGCCGGCCCAGGAAGUCGCCAAGUCUCUGUCUGCCUCCUCCGCCCCCCCUCCCCCCCCUCCUCCUCCGGCUGGCGGUCUGCCGCCUCCGCCCCCGCCUCCCGGCCCACCCCCCGUGUUUGAAAUCAAGGAGGAGACACCCGGCGAAAAGGGCGGAUUGGGCGCCGUCUUUUCUGAGCUGAACAAGGGCGAGGCCGUGACAAAAGGUCUUCGCAAGGUAGACAGAUCAGAAAUGACGCACAAGAACCCGUCGCUCCGCGCAAGCUCGACCGUACCUGAGCGAGAGGGAUCGGUGCGUGGCAAGAGCCCGGCUCCGGGAAAGAAGCCUAAGCCGGAAAGCAUGCGUGUCAAGAAGCCGCCAAAGAAGGUGCUUGAGGGCAACAAGUGGACUGUUGAAAACUUUGAGAAGGAGCCCCAGCCUAUCGAGAUUGACGCAUCCAUCUCCCACUCUAUCCUGAUCAGCAAGUGCAGCAACACCACCAUCAUUGUCAAGGGCAAGGCCAACGCUGUCACCAUUGAGAACUCGAGCCGUCUAUCGCUGAUUGUCGAGUCUCUGGUGUCCACAGUGGACGUCAUUAAGUCCCAGAACUUUGCGCUGCAAGUCCUUGGGGCCGUGCCGGCUGUCCUGAUGGAUUCUAUCGACGGCGCUCAAAUCUACUUCAGCAAGGAGAGCACGGGAACCAAGAUCUACUCCAGCAAGUCCUCUGGCAUUAACCUGAAUGUCAUUUCGGGAGAAGACGAGGACUACAAGGAAGUGCCCCUGCCGUCGCAGAUCUGCUCUUACUUUGACGAAGGCAAAGGCGACCUCGUCAACGAAAUCGUCUCUCACUCCGGCUGAAAGACUCGGAUGUUGCAUAUCUAAGGAACUUGGGUGGUUUAGAAAACUGUCGACACGGCGACAUUUUGUUUCUUUUGGCAGAUCACCCAAUCGCCAUAUCUAUUUGUUGUCGUUUAUCUUCCUGGUUUUGCGUUCUUUAACUCGACCAGUGUACAUUUCAAGCGGCCUGCCUUGCAUGCAUCCCCCUCUCAUUGCGUAGAUGGAUUCAAGGGGAGAAAGGAGACGGAGCGAAUUUGGCGAGGGAACAGAAGCGGGCGUGGUGUAGUGUACAUUGGGGACACCAAAUGAAGACAU